ACACGCUCUACUUCCGCUUAACCACUCUCUGCUUCUUGUGUAUUCUUUAUAUAUUCUCCAUGAAACGCAUAAAUGCUUAUAGCACUUGCGUUUUUUAAUUACGGUGAUUGCAGAUGAUCAAUAAUUUUGAGAACCCAGUGGCAAUUUUCACAUCAAGUGACGAGGCUGAUUUGGAAUGUGUCAGUGCCAGGAGAACCCACUUCAAUUGGGAAACGCGCACGGCUACGUAUGUGUGGAUACUGAAAGGACAUCGUGGAACCCAAAGGAGGCCACUGCGUUUUGAUGCAUGGCAAGGACCGCAACCAAAUCAAGUGAACUUUCUUUUAAAAGGGAAUCCAAGCAAAGAAGGGACAGCUACGGUUCACUACACAGACUACAAGAACUGUUUUGUGGCCACAUUCCCCAGUUCCGUUUACGGAGGACAGUGCAUGAUGUGGGUGACAAAAGAGGUUGAGGACAAUGUCCCCCAAGACUGUAUUGAUCAAUUCGAGGACAUCUGUGAUGUGGAAGUCUCGGCGUACAAUCACGAUCUGUGCAAAGAUGACGACGACGAUUACGAAGAAUAAGGCCAGGCCUGAGUCAACUUGUCGUUGGUUUUAAACAGCAAGAGUAGUUUACAUUUGUAAAUGUGUAGGGAAUGCCUCGGAUACGUAUUCUUGCAGUGGGAUGCACACUGUCCUUCAUGAACUAAGAUGUUUGAAAUUUCUUGAGUUACAUAAUGCAUGCGUUACUGAUUUGCCUUUGAAA